AUGAAUGAUCAAGAUAUAUUUGAGGACGAUUUUCUAGAUGAAAACCAAGAGAACCAUGAAAAUAGAAGUCGGCAACUAUGGAAACGUGCGAAAUUUUGGUGGUUAAAGAAUAUAGUGCAUGGAACUGUAGGAAAUUCAAUGGAAAGGAUUGGUGUACCGUUAUACGAUUUGACAGCUGAUGGUCAUGAAAUACACAAUGAUAAUGAUAGUGAUAUUGAUGGUGUUGAGCCUCCUAUGUUUUUAGAUCAUAGAUCGAUGAAGAACCAAGCCAAUCUUAGACGUUUGAAAUAUAUUGCUAUUUUAUCAAUGGUGACCGGAUUGUUAGUGUUCUUAACGAUAAAAAUAUUCGAUUCCGAUCCCGAUGCAUCUGAUCAUAGACAUACCAAGUAUGGUGCUAGUAAUCAUCCUUUCCAGACAGAGUUCGAUCCUAAUAUCAAAUACAAUAACGGUACACAUGAGUUCUACCCUAUCAACAUUGUCUUAAAGAUAGAUGGAUUAAAUGUCGAGGAUAUUCAAAAUGACGCAAUGCCGCUAUUUAGCAAAAUGUAUAACGGUGAGUUUUCAGAGAGUCAUUUACUAAGGAACAACUCGGUGAUGAUUGCAAAGGAUGGGAUGGUUCCCGUGUUUCCACUGUCCAACGACGCAAAUGUUUGGAGUAUGAUGACAGGGUUGACGCCUGGACAACAUGGUGUUCUUUUCGAUGGAGACAACAGUACGGCUACUUCAAGUGGAUUCGUGUCCAAAAAGAAACAGAGACAUGACAAGACUCAAUUCGAGCCGAUAUGGUCUCGUAUGGAACAAGUGUUUCAAAAUUUCAAAGUUGCCAUGGAUAGUUAUUUUGUCUGGAAUCAUGGGAACCAUACACCAACGUAUUAUUUAGAUCGUGAAUUGAAGGAGAAACACGCCAAGCGUAGUGACUCCGAGACUAUUGAAUGGAUCAUUGGUUUGAUAGACACAUAUUCGAUUCAACAGCGACCACAAUUAUUUUUAACCUCAUUUACUAAUUAUGCUAGCAAGAUGUAUAGUGAAGGUACUGCAGGGAAAACUGAAGAAUUACGUAACAUUGAUACAUUAGUGACCAAAUUGAUUAUUGAAUUAACCAGACGUAAUCUAAUGGCUUUUACAAAUGUUAUCCUGGUGAGUAAUUUUGGAUUCACUAUAGAUACAGUACCAUAUGACAAUAUCUUGACUUUAAAUGAAUUAUUAAAUGAGGAUUCUAAGAUUGGUUCGCAGAUCAAUGAUCGACUAGUGAAGUCUUCACAAAUCAAUGAUAAUCUGCUAUCUAUCUAUAUAGAUAAUAAGAAUAAGAAUGAAGUAUAUAACAAAUUGAUCAGUGGGCCUCAUAGAGACCAUAUUCAAGUUGAUUUGAAAGGUGAUUCACAGUCGGAAUGGUAUACAGAUAGUAACAGCAAGAACACUAGAGAUAGGAUGGGAGACAUCAUGAUCAUGCCACGUAUAGGAUAUGGGUUUAAGGAAUCGAAGAAUGGGGACAAGAUGAGUAAUAAGUAUGAUGGAACGAAGUUUAAAUUAAAUUCAGAAUCUGAAUAUAUAUUAGGUGGUUAUCCAUUGAAUCAGAGUGAUACUGAUGAUGAUGACAAAGAAACAGGGGAGACUAUUAAAAAUAGUGAUGGAUCUUCUGUAUUCAUUGGAUUGGGUCCUGUAUUUUCUGUAACUGACCAUAACAAUAAUGGAGGAGGAACAAUUCAAUUUAUGGAAAAUAUGUCUAAUAGAGCCAUAUAUGAAAUCUUGACAGAGAUAUGUGGGUUAGCAAUGCAUGAUAGAAAUAGUGAAUCAUUAAUACUAGAUCUUGAUAAAAAUUUAUCAAUUCAACAUACAACAUUUUCGGAGAACGAACAAGAAGAAGAGGAAGAUGUAGAACAAGAAGAAGAAGAAGAAGAAGAAGAAGAAGAAAUGUAUUCAUCAAUUUCUGAAAAAUCCGUUACCAUGACAACCGUCAGUGCAACAUCUGCUAGUGGUUCACUUGCUGCUCAGACAUCACAAGGUACGACAAGUAGUAGUAGUAGUACAUCAGAUUCAAGUUUAGACCAUAUCAUAUCUGACGGUAUGGAAGUCAUUGAUGAAAUCUUUCAAUGGCUACAGGACAGUCUUAGCGAUCUUACAGAGACUAAUUAA